AUGUACACAUCUCACUACCAACAUGGGACAAAAUGGGAUACAUCGCCGUGUGAGCUGGAACUCGGCAACGGAGGCCCCCAGGAAAGAGACUGGAAAGGAAUCGGUACCGCCUUACUCGUCAUCAUGUUUAUCUGUUCUCUAAUAGCUUUAGCCGUAUUUUUAUUUACUCCGAUGACCGCGAGCGUUGGACCCUCAAAAAUGAGCGUGAAUGUGUCAACGAUGGGGCUGAUUCGAUCGCCAAUCACCAAUGCGUACUUCCAUGGUAAAGAUAUAGUCUACGAGUAUUUGGCAAUGAGAAGAGAGAUCAUGAAGCGUUUGAACCUGGAUACCAUGGAGGCAGAGACAAUUCUCGACCAAGAGGUCUUGGAGGAACAAGCAAAAGAGAAAUGUGUUAACAAAAAUAUUCAGACGGAGUGGUGUAGAUUAGAACAAAUAAUGGCAGGUUACGACCGAGAAGAAGCGUCACAUGACCUGAGAUAUUUUGCUUUUAGCAGAAAACUUACAGAUGAGGAAGCAAGGCAAUUUAACUCUACUUCUCCUCGAUCAAUUUUCGAUAGAGAAACUUCGCUGAUAUACAAAGUCGGAGUGGCAAAAACAGAUGAUGAAUCUCAACGAUUUCUCAUAUGGAAUCCUGUUGGAAACGAUUACGUUUUCUGGCAAGAUGGAAAUCUUUUCUACUCGAACUCUGUCGAAUCUGCAGAAUCUAUACAAAUUACAACUUCGAACCCAAAUUUGAUACAUGGUAUUUUCGACUGGAUGUACAAAGAGGAGAUUUACGAGAGGAACGAUAUAGCAGUUUUUUGGUCACAAAAAGGUGAACAGCUCGCUUUUCACAGUCGUGUUCUUAACCCGAAGGAAAAGAAGGUCCACAUGACAAGCUAUGCUGCCGGAAAUAAAUAUCCAACAAUCGUGGAGUUGGCCUAUCCGAAAACGCAUGAGAGAAAUCUGCCGACGUACAUUAUAAAUAUUUGGGACAAAAAGACUCGUGUACUGAAGCAAAUGGAUAUCCAACUGAGAGAUAGCACAGCGUUUCAUUAUAUAUUCCGAGCCAAAUGGAUAGUUAUGGAUGAGAAAGAAUAUCUAGCAGUAACAUUUGCUGACAGACUUCAGACGCAAAUCUCUAUAACCAUCUGCGAUCACAAAUCGGGAAUGUGCAAAUUGGUCUACGAGCAUAAAUAUCCGCAUAAGAUGUAUGCUGAGCCAGGCGAUUUCGAUAGUCUUUACAGCAAUGAUUCACUCUAUAUCCUUUUACCCAGGGCAAAAAAUGAUGGGAACAGCUAUCAACACAUAGCAAAGCUAAUAAUAAAGGGCCCGACUGGUAUUCAAACAGCAAAAGAAGCAUUUUUAUCGUUAGGGAGAUUUGACGUCAAAAAUCUUGUCGCAUACGACAAAGUCACGGACACUGUUUACUUCCACGCCAUAGCUCCAACACCAAACAACCUGCAUCUGUACAGCACACCAGGCUCGCCAACCACGACUGAUGCUUGGAAAUGUUUGACGUGCAUGUUCCCCAAUUGCACAUAUCAGGAAACCAAAGUGCAAUCCAGUUUCGAGCAUAUCCUUAUACACUGCAAAGGUCCAGCCCAUCAUCAUUUUUAUCUUGCCGAUAUAAUCGAUGGAAGAGCUGAGAACUGGCAAGAGAUCUUAUACAGCCAGGAAUAUGAGGACAACGUGGGUUCGGUACGAUUGCCGUACGUCAUAAGCGAGGUGGUGCCACUGGGACAGGGAUUUGAAGGUCUGGUGAGAAUCGUACUCCCUCCUGAUCAGCCGUCACGCGCGAGUGCAAGGUCGAUACCAGUUAUGUUGAAAGUCGGUCUUACGCUACUAAUUUUCAUUUUCCAUUCACUGGCUGUCUGCCUUCUCGAGCUGCUCACACUGUUAAUGCCUAUGUUACUCGGAAGUAGGCUGCAAAUCGUCACCUUGGAGCCUACCUUUGAUAAAGACACGAGGAGCACAAUUUGCAAGUGA